UUUCCGUGCUUUUCCUUUUUUGUAACGAUUUGUCAUGCAAACCUUGGUUAUUUUUUGCAUAAGCAUAUUAUUAGUUUUAGUUAAUUCUAAGAUUCAUAUUCUGGACAGUAAAAUAACAGAAAUUCCUGUAAAAAGUGGAUCAAGACUCUAUUUUCUUACUAAUGGAAAUGAAGCUGAUUUAAAACAAAUUACAGUGAAGGCAGCUGGAAGUAAUAUUAAUUCUAAUGCAUAUUCAUAUUCUAUACCUUCAAUUGAUGGAUCACUAAACCCACUUCAAUUUUCUGUAGCUGAUACAGUAAUCUUAACAAAACCAGAAGGAAACCAAGCAUCGUUAUCUAUUUAUCAUGACGGAAUUUCUCAAGAUUUGAAUGUUUUCCCAGUUUUCGAGAAAAGUUUAAUUCAAUUUAAAAGUGGAAGGAAUGUAUUUUUUCAAGUUGAUGCUCCCAAUGGGAAAAUAAUGACUAUUACAAAUUUGAAGAUUGAUCAUCAAAACGAUGGAUUUUUGAGAGCAUAUUCAGGAUCUCCAGCUCAACAAAAUGGUGAACAGGCAAAUCCACUACCUUAUCAAUUUUUCAAUAGUGAGCUUUAUGAUAAUGUGAACUUCUAUCAGCAGUUGGAUCUUCCAAUUGAUACUUUUACGAUGGACCCAAUUUCAACCGGAGUCAGCUACACUGUUGGGUUUGGACAAGCAACUACAACCCUUCAAUCUGCUGGGCUUGUUAUGACUUCAGGAUUUCCAUAUUCAAUGAAACAGACUGACGUAACCUAUAACGUUAAUCGUGUUGGAAAUCAAGAUGUAUCGUUAACAAUGAAUCCUCUCUUCAAUAGGUAUGAAUCAUACGACACAAAUAUUAUUGUGAAGUUUGCAUCUGGAACAGAGCAAGGAAGCUCGUUUCCAUCUGGUUUGAAUGGAAAAAUGGUAGCAUCAAGUAGUAUAAAUAGUGUAGAAAUUAGUUCAAUCGGUUCAUUUGCUAUCCAGUAUCAUUUAAAUACAACAACCACAAAUUUGGAGGCUACAACAAAUCAACCAUUAAUAACUACUACGAAAUCUACAAAUGUCAUUCAUUCUGGUAUUUCAUGUUUUGUAUUGUUUAUAUUUAAUUUCAUUUAGCUCAUGAAAAAACGAGAAUGUACGGCCAAAUGAAUUACAGUGCACCCUUUUUACUUGUUCUUUUUCUGAUGUUUACAAUCAAGAAAUCACACAUUUUCAUUAAUUACAAUAAUAAAAAUCGGACU